CUCUUUUCUUCUUUGCCUGUCAGAAUCAGGAUCACUACUCCGUCCUCGGGCUGCCACACUUGCGGUACAAAGCCACGCAGAAACAGAUCAAAGCUGCCCACAAAGCGAUUGUGCUGAAGCACCACCCCGACAAGAGGAAAGCUGCGGGAGAGCAGAUAGUAGAGGGAGACAACGACUACUUCACGUGUAUCACUAAAGCGAUAGAAACCCUGUCAGACCCCGUGAAGAGGAGAGCCUUCGACAGUGUCGACCCGACCUUUGACAACAGCGUGCCUUCAAAGAGCGAAGGCAAAGAGAACUUUACGGAGGUCUUCUCCCCCGUUUUUGAGAGAAACGCCAGAUGGUCAACCAAAAAGCACGUGCCCAAACUCGGAACCAUGGAGUCGUCUUUCGAAGACGUCGAUAAUUUUUACUCUUUUUG